AAUACCAUUUUGUUUUUCUGUCCAAAAAACCCUCUCCAAUAACAAUCUGUAAAGCUUCCUUCACGUAGAAAAAUCAACUCUCCCUUUCCCUCACGAAACUUCGAUAUCUUUUUCCCCAGCUUCACUUCCUCGUAAAAGUUUCCUUUUUGCCGCUCCUUCCCCCUAGGGUUUCGUAUAGUAAGGAACGAGGGGAUCGAACAUAAUCAAAUCGAAUGGAUUGGGGAAACGUAACCGCAGAGGAUCUGAUCGACGCGCUUCGUGAAGUUGACUGGUCAUCACCGCCACGACCUCUCCCCGAAUUCUUCUCUCGUUUCACCUUCCCUCGAUCAUAUGCCAAAUGGAAUAGCCGCCUUAAAUGCAAUCUCUACUACUACCGAACCAAUUAUUUCAUCAUGGUUGUUGUCAUUCUUGGUUUGGGAUUCUUGAGGAGACCGGUUGCUAUUUUAGCUGCGAUGUUAACAGCACUUAGCAUUGCUUUUCUGAAUGAUAGCUUUGCUGGUACUUUUAGUGAGAAGGUGACAAGAACUGUGAGGCAAUUCUCUCCACAUUUAGCGGCUAAGAUGAGGCCUCCUCUUACGCCUGUUAUUCGUGGUCGUCCCUCUGCUAAAAGAACAAUUCACAUAUGUGGUCGGCCUCGUUGGGUCUUUGUCUUCAUAUUCUCAGCUGUGAGUUUCAUCCUUUGGUAUGUAUCCUGUGGUCUCUUGACUGUGCUCUGGGCGCUUGCCAUUGCACUUCUUGCCACUAUCCUCCAUGCAAGUUUUAGAACACCUAACCUGAAGGCUCGUCUUAACACUUUCCGUGAGGAGUUCCGUGCAGUUUGGCGCAAUUACAGUGAGCUGUAGCUCAUAUAGCCUAUAGCAUCAAUGCCUAAUCCUUUGUCGACUGCCUCUUGUACAUGGGUGAUUUGGCUUAAACACAAGGCAGGGCAUGAUUCUUAUUGUUACUGCUUUCUUUGGUUUCAGCCUCUGGCAGUGAAGGAAGGUUGUGAUUAUGUGAAAACUCGUACAACAUGUUAUUGUAAGGUUAGAUGGGUGCUGUUGAUGUUUCUAAAAAGAUAGCUUGUUUGGCUGAAGGCUGCUAAUCUUUGCAAUAGUGGAGAAGUUGUAAAUUGUCAGUACCUCAUUUGUUUCUGUAAAGCAGACCAUUUCUGUGUUGACUCCUUAUUGGAGAAUAUUUUUACUCAAUACCCCUUCCUUUGAGAAGAAAAAGAAGUGCAGAAUUUACAUAAGCAAUGAUUGUUGUUGGGACAGGAUUUAGCUACACUUGAUUCAUAAUUACUUGUAGUUCCUUUUGCGGGUGAAUUUAUUGCUAAGAUAGUGUAAAACCUCGUGCCUUGAGAAAAGAAUGUUGUGAAUGAUUUCCAUUA